AUGAGAGGUGCUAUUGUUUGGCAAGCGGUUCCUUGCGUUUGUGUUGCGGAGGUGAUGGUGGCAACGGCAUUCCUUCUAGAAGACACGACUUUUAUCGGCCGGGUUGGCAUCUACUACGGCCUCUAGAGAAAACUAAGCGUCAAGAAAGACUCCCUGGAGCGGAAAAAACGGAACAGCCUACGGCGAAAAUCAGCACCAGGAGCAGCGAGAGUAGAAGAUGAUUCGGAAUACGGCUUCGAGAAUCGAGCCUUUAUGUCUCAGCACGUUUACUUGGAUAAUCGAUAUGAACGUCCCCAAAGAUACUGCAGUCUAGCACAAUUUGUCGAAGGUAGUGAUAUUGCCCGUCGAUCUUUCAAACGGCGAGUACCAACCAAAUCGUCAAAAACCGAAGCCAAUGUAACACGACAAAGUACACUUCUUGAAGAAACGGAAAGCAUUACGCCAAGCUAUAGAAGCAGCGCUACUAGCAUCAACAAAUUAGCCAAAGAGCUUUCCAAUGUAUCAACUAGUACUGUCAAGGAAGCCAUGGACAAAGACAAGGAGAAGGACAGUGAUAAAAAAAAGGUGGAUCACGACCAUUCGGCGAAUCGUUCGCCAGCAGCUACCCGAAGAAUUUCUUGCUGCAGCAUGUUGAACCCGCAGGAAGCUGCUAUAUUAUCCGCCACUGCUGCCGCAACUGCAAAGUUCUACCACGAUGGGGAGAAAAAGGAAAAGGAGCAGACGAAAAAACGCAAAUUACCGAUUAUCAACCCACUAGUACGACUUCCAUCUUGGCCUCAUGUUAAUACAAGUAAAGGAUUUAUCAGCAAAUGUCUCUUGGCCAACGCAGAUACUUUAUGUGCUGCAGUUAGCCCACUGAUGGACCCAGAAGAAACUUUAAUGGAAGGUUUCUAUGAGCGGUGCGUUAUGAAUAAUUAUUUUGGAAUCGGUAUCGAUGCUAAGAUAUCACUUGAUUUCCAUCACAAACGUGAAGAACAUCCUGAAAAAUGUCGAUCUCGUGCUAAAAAUUACUUAUGGUAUGGUGUUUUGGGUGGAAAAGAACUGGUCCAAAGAACUUACAAAAAUCUCGAACAAAGGGUGCAGUUGGAAUGCGAUGGACAGAGAAUACCCUUGCCUAGCUUACAAGGAAUUGUUAUACUGAACAUUCCCAGAUUUAUGGGAGGCAUCAAUUUCUGGGGCGGGACCAAAGAAGACGACAUCUUUAUAGCACCGUCGUUCGACGAUAAGAUCCUGGAAGUUGUUGCAGUGUUUGGAUCAAUGCAGAUGGCAGCAUCAAGAAUGUUGAAAUUUCAGCAUCAUCGAAUAGCACAAUGUCAGAGCAUACAAAUUAAUAUUCUUGGUGAAGAGGGAGUCCCUAUACAAGUAGACGGCGAAGCAUGGGUUCAACCACCAGGUAUUAUACGAAUCUUGCACAAAAACCGUAUGCAAAUGCUAGGCCGCAGCAGAGCAUUGGAGAAUUCCUUAAAAAGCUGGGAAGAAAAACAACGUCAGAGUAUUGCCGGACAAGGUGGUGCUAAACCGAGACAUUCCAUAUCUGGUGCCAGUCAUGAUAAAUCCAGAAGCAGUGUCACUAGACAAAGUAUGCCUGGACAAGCUACUGAUACUUCUAAGAGUUUCUUGGGUGUGACUGUUGAGAAAAUACGUCAACAUUCGUUUAGUGGAGCUGUGCCUCAUAUAGAAAAAGAAAAGCAUUCAGUUACUUUUGUUGACCAGCCAACAGAACGACUAGAUGCAGAGAUUCUGUUUGGUGAAGAAGAACAUUAUUUAUUGCUUAAUUUCAUCGAAUGUACUACCUCACUUAGCAAACUAAUAAAAAUGUUGGCAAUAAGUUAUACUUUGGAGACAGAUCUGUAUUCGCUGACAACAAACACGGACAAGGCGCUUGAAAAUAUCCAUCCUCACGGCAAACUUCUGACUGGCCCCGCCUUGCGAGUAGAAUUUACAAAAUUGGUAGAAUCAGCAAAGCAACUGUUCGAAGAAAGUUUCUGUUUAUUGCACGAGAGAAGCGACAAACUGAAACUCAGAGAAGAUUUGGAAAGUAAACUUAGCGUCAGUUUGGCAAACAUGGAACUAGAAUUAAGGCAAUGCGUUAUGUCUGAUACUUCUGAAGGAAGCUUGGUUUACCUCCAACCUGUACCAGAAGAAGGCGAGCAUAAGAAGAAAAGCUUGUUUUGGCUCAAGUUCCGUAGAAGUGCUUCAUCAGAGCGUCGUUCAUCAAGUUGUAAGCGCGAGGUGUCAUCUUGGGGUACGCACGAAGUGGCAACAUGGCUUGAUACAUUGCAGCUAGCAGAGUACAUUGAUAGCUUUGAGAAGAACGACAUUCGAGGUCGCGAACUGUUGACUCUAGCAAGAAGAGAUUUGAAAGACUUGGGUGUGACUAAGGUUGGACACGUGAAAAGAAUUCUACAAGCAAUCAAGGAUCUUUCUCAAGGAGGCUAA